CUCACGCCCACUCGUCUCUCUCUCUCGUGAGGGACAAAAUGGAAGCUCACGCGGUUUCGAAUCGUCGUUGUGUGUUUUAGUUCGGCGGCGCGUAUUUCUAAAUGGAGAAGCAUUGAAUGGUAAAUGCUCAAGGGGACACUCUAUAAGGACUUGGCUACGUAGCCAACUCUGAGCAGUGACCUUGAUAGCAGUAUGGAGGAGAAUGGAGAGAGUCAGCAAAUGCUGGUGGAGGAUUCCUCCCCUAAAGAGGUAACUAAACGAUGGGGCUUCCGGAGAAGCACAAUAGCCAGGAGGGAGUUUAUGGAAGAAAUUGGGAACUUGGACAUCAGCUCUAUCACAGCUCCUCGUCGAGGAGCACGGCAGGCUAGAGGGAGAGGGAGAGGCCGAGGUAGAGGUAAGGAUGCUGGUGAGAUGCCCUCAACUUCUCCAGCCCCAAAACGAGGACGGGGAGGCAAGAGAAGUGCCCCAGCAAACCUCGCUACUGUACCUUCACCAAAACCAACAGAUGGACAUACCAUCCUGGAGCUUGGUGCUGGUGAUUGUGCUGAUUUAAACAGCACACAGCAAACAUUAGACAAUUCAGCUGCUAAAGCUCAGUCUUCUAUGGUACCGGAGGCUGUAUCAGACGUAGAAGCCGUCAGUGAGGCGGCUGCGUCUGACCAAGCUGAGGAUAGUGAUGACCUCACCCUCCGAGAGCUUCAGGAACGGGCGAGGAACCGGCGAAAGCUUGAGGAGGCCAGUGCUUUAUCUGUACCUGAUCUAAACUUGAACACUAACACUGUAAAUAAGGAUGUAGAGGAGGUACAAAAACCAUGUUUACAAAAUGAAAAGAAUGCUGUCCAAGAAGAUACAACUCCUCGAAAGGCUAGUAGAACCUCGAAGAAAGACCAAAAGAGAGGUGUCAGAAAGGAUGAUGAUGAAGAGGCAGAGCAGAAUGAAGAUGCUGAUAAGUCUUCACAUGACAGUGAGGAAAAUGACCCCAAUGCACUUUACUGUAUUUGUCGGCAGAAGCACAAUAAUAGGUUCAUGAUCUGUUGCGACCGUUGUCAGGAGUGGUUCCAUGGCGACUGUGUCGGCAUCUCUGAGGCUCGCGGACGUCUUCUGGAAGAGAAUGGAGAGGACUACAUCUGCCCCACCUGCUCUCCCUGUCAGAGUCCUGUGGAUUUCAUGAAGCAGCCUGCACUCUCCACAGCAGCUCUGAGUUCCUCUUCUGAGAGCCUUUUUUCGGCCUCAGCUGGAGAAGAAAGACCCAGCGAGGACGAGGGCAUCAGAGGAAAAAUCCGGAAGGCUGCCACUCGCAGCACUAAGAGAAAAUUCAAGAUUUUCCAGCCGGUGGAGGUUGUAGCAGCUGUGUUGGGGCUUGAGAAUGAGGAGAAGGUGGAACAGGAAGUGGUUGAGGAAAAGGCAGAUGUUCCUAAGUGUAUCGGGCCAGGCUGCGUUAACGAUGCCUUGCCAGAGUCUGUCUACUGUGGCCACCAGUGCAUCAUACGGCACGCUGCUGUAGCAGUGCAGUCCAUCUCUGAGCCCAAAACAGAGCCACAGAUACAGACGAUACAGACCAAACCUGCACCUAAAUCUGUUCCUAAGAUCCAGAAGAAGACUUUUCUCGAAAAGCUUUUCAAGAGGAAAUUGGUGGAGAAGCCAGUUAAAGAAGAGGAUGGUAGCGGUAAGAAGCCUGCGGUGAGCUUGGAGACGGAGGAGCCUGUCUCAGCUCCCCUGUCCAGCGACCCCAAGCCCAAAGCAGCAGGGGCGCAGGAGUCUUCGGCAAUCGCUCCAUCAGUGUUUUACAAAUCCACUGCGGUAAAAAUGGAAAAUGAGGAUGUGGAAAGUAAAGCAGAGACAAAGCAAGAUGCUCCUCAGCCUCCAAAUCCACCAGCUUCAUCAGAUGGUCCUGAAAAAGAUGAGAAAACUGAGAAAGUGGAUGAAAAGGCAGCUUCUUCAGCUCCGCCGCUCAGGAAACCGGGCUCUAAUCCCCUUCCCAGUCGAGCCAAAAAAACCAUGCCUGGCUCUCCACGCCUGGCUGGCCUCAAACAGCUCCAGACGGAGCCUCCACAAGUCAACAAGGGCACGUUUACUGUGCCAGAGAAGCCAUGUCAGUCUCGGAAAGCUACUGCUGCACCACAGGACCCAAUGGGUUCAUCUGGUCAAGCAUCGGAGAUCCGGAUCCUGCCGGUCACUCCGGCCCCUGUUCCACCUCCCAGACCUCUUCAGGCUCAUCCCAACAUGCAGAUGAGGCAGAACAUCAGGCGCUCACUCACUGACACCUUAAUGAAAAGGGUGACUGAAAGUGAUGAUUUGGAGAUGUCUGAGAGUGACGUUGGAAAGCUAGCUGUAAACAUUGAGCGAGAGAUGUUCAACAUGUACUACACUACAGACAGCAAGUACAAGAAUAAGUACAGAACUCUCCUGUUGAGCUUGAAGGACCCCAAAAACAAGGGCCUUUUCUACCAGGUUAUUAAAGGCCAGAUCACUCCAUUUAAACUAACCCGACUGAGUCAGCAGGAGCUUCAGUGUGUUCAGGUAUCCCAGGAAAUUGCUGCCACCUUCUUGAAGGAAGAAUCGGCUCCUGUUUGUUUAAACACGGAGGAGCUUCUUUCUGCAUGUGAAGACAAAGUGGUCAAAACAGAGAGCACUGCCACUUCAUCAGAAGAGAAAGCUUCUGCAUCUCAAGUCAAGCCUGCACAGCCCAGGAAAGUUAGCACGGCUGUGUCGGACAUCAUCAGCAGCAUGCUGAAGGACACAACAUCAGAACACAGAGCCCAUCUGUUUGAUCUAAAAUGCAGGAUAUGUACUGGUCAAAUUUCUGCAGAUGAAGAUACUGAUGUAAAGAUGUUCAAAAAGGAAGAGCUGAAAGAUGAAGAGGAAGAGAAAACAACACCAUGGGUCAUUCAGAUAUUUGACAAAAAACCUCCAGAUCCUGCACCUGUAGAAACUGACCCUAUCAUGGAGUCGCCUGCCUCUCCAACUGCAGAUGAUUCUAGUGUUGAGACAACUUCGUCUGACUUUUCUCCACUGGUGAUCCCUGAGGUUUCUGUUGUGUCCAUCACAAGAAGGGAUCCACGUACUGCUUCAUAUCGACCUGCACCUUCCCCUUCUGUUGCUCCAACUUCUGCUCCACCUCCACCCCAGUGUCCACCCCUGAUGCCCACUGAAAAGGAGGCUGUGGAGGAAACAAAGGCAGUUGAACCUUUGCCACUUCCUCCACCACCACCUAUGCCCAAGUCUAUUCUAAUGAAACCCUCUGCCCCAUCAGUGCCUAGAUUUUAUAGUACAUCUAGCUCAACUACAAGACUGACGAGUUCCCACACCCCGACUGAAAAUGAGACAAGCCAGUUUCUGUCUAAACAGGAUACGGUGUGGAAGGGCUUUCUCAACAUGCAAACUGUGGCCAAAUUUGUUACGAAGGGAUAUUUAAUCUCAGGAUCAGAUUCUGCUGAGCUUCUAAAAAAGGAUUUGCCAGAUACCAUCCACAUUGGCGGUCGGAUAUUACCGCAGACAGUCUGGGAAUAUGUUGACAAAGUAAAGACAUCUGUAACAAAGGAGAUGUCCUUGAUCCGCUUUCAUCCAGCAACUGAUGAAGAAGAGGUUGCCUAUGUGUCCUUAUUUUCAUAUUUCAACAGUCGCAGACGAUUUGGGGUAGUUUCAAAUAUUUGCAACAGUAUCAAAGACCUUUAUCUCAUUCCUCUCUGUGCAAAAGAGUCCAUCCCCUCUGUACUGCUGCCACUGGAAGGCCCAGGCCUUGAAGAGCAACACCCUAAUGUUCUAAUUGGGCUGGCAAUUUGUCAGAAAUUAAAGCGUCUUGGGACGCAGACACAAGAAAUUGAUGAAAAAAGACCAAGAAUCCAGAUGCCAUUGGAUUCGCAGGGGGUGACCCCUACUAUCAAACCUGCAGUUCCUGAAGCUACAACAGAUAUGAGUGACCCUUAUGAUCCAGAUAUACCAAUCAGCACUACUCCUCCUGGAUCUCCACCAGAUACUCGAUCACCAGAUUCAGCCACCUCCUUUUCAAGCUCUUUGUCUGGCCCAUCUGUGCUUUCUAAUAUUCUUUCUGGGGUAAAUCCUCCGACCUCUGUUAGUGCCUGCACUACCAAGACCACCUCUUCUGAUCUUCCACCAUCCUCUGAAGCAGGCACUUCUUCCAGCACUACACCUCUUCAAACCAUUCUUAAUACAUUAUUUGGCAAAAGGAAACAAGACACUGUGAAUACCUGUGAGCCAAGUCCUUCAGAAGUCAAAGAACUUUCAGUGUCCUCUCCGACUUUUGACCCAAUUGUUCAGCAGUACCAGCAGACUCCAAAGAAUACAAUAAUAGAGAAGAUGGAGUUAGAUGAUAAUGAUAGACCUUAUGACCCUGAGGAAGAGUAUGAUCAAGGAAUUGGAUAUCAAAGCAUCACUACCUCAAGCCUCAUAGAAAUGUCAACACCUAAUCCUAUUACUGCUGUAUGUGAGGUUGAUGACAACGAUAGACCCUAUGACCCAGAGGAAGAAUAUAAUUUAGGAAACAAGGUUGAUGCUGUCACCUCAGUUGCUACAAAAUCUUCUGAGACUUUACCAUCAGUGAACACCUCUGCUGUAAAUGAUGACGUAGCCUAUGAUCCAGAAGAUGAAACAGUUUUUGAAGAGAUGCAGACCUACCUUGCAGAUAAUAAACCCUCCACCUCUCAAUAUGGAUCAGCUUCAACCGUGUCAUUGUCUGAGCAGCAGAAGAUGCUGGAGGAGUUGAACAGACAGAUAGAGGAACAGAAGCGUCAGCUAGAGGAGCAAGAGGAAGCAUUGCGUCUACAGAGGGCAGCAGUUGGCGUUUCUAUGGCCCAUUUUUCUGUCUCUGAUGCUCUCAUGUCACCACCUCCACGUUUUGGCAGGGAACCAGAGGAUGCCGCAGAAAAGACUUCAGUUGUUCCAUUAAUUAAUCCAAGUAGAGAUCCAAGGCAGUGCAAAAAUGUAAGGCAGGAUGCUAUUAGUGACAAUUUAACAACGGUUCAUAAUGACAAAGAAAGUUCUUUAAAGGAAAUUUGUGUAAGAAAGCAAGCAUUGACUCAAGCAACCUUUCUGGUACCUUCAAACAGUUCAGUGAUGCCAGAUUUGUCCAAGCCUGAGCAAGAGCUGAUGUUAGACGUUGUAAAGAAAAAAAUAGAUAUGCCAUCAUUAACAUUAGCUGACAAAAUGAACACAGAUGAAGAAAGUUUCUACCAAUGUUAAUGCAAAAGAUUUGCAUUCUGCAGUGAUUUUGCAAACCCAUACACAUUUAAGUGCAUCUGAACUGGAAGAAGGUAUGUAUUCAUCAUCUGGUAAUGAGAACCGUCAACACUCGCAUUCACACUCUAAGGUUUCUGGCAAAUCAAGACAAAGUCGUACAUCGAAAUGGGAUAACGGAUCACCUAAAAGACAAU